AUGGGUGAAAGGCUUGUUGAAGGCCAUACUCUCCAGAUCGAAGACUAUGGCCUUAUUGGUGACAUGCGAACAUGUGCUCUUGUAGGGAAAAAUGGCAGCAUCGACUUCAUGUGCUGGCCUCAGUUUGAUUCUCCUUCGAUCUUCGGAAGACUCCUGGACACCAGCAAAGGCGGCGGAGGACACUGGAGUAUCUCGCCACGGAACAGCACAGUGUGCAAGCAAAACUACCGUGCCGCUACCAACAUCCUGCAGACGAAGUGGAUUGCCGAGGAAGGGGUGGUCGACCUUACCGACUUCUUCGCCCUCUCGAAGCACAACAAGGUCCUGCGCGAGGAAUGGAGCGGUUCGACAUUGGUCCGUAAACUCGACUGUGUCAGGGGCCGCAUGUCUAUUGAUAUCGAGCUUCGGCCACGACCCGACUAUGCCUCGAAAGCAGGCUUCAUGAGUGGCUCCGAUGUGAAGGCAGAAGACGGCGCAUAUCACCAGUGCCUAACCUGGAUUCCUGAGGGAGAUGAGGCUUCCGUCGACGUUCCUGAAUUUUAUGUUUCAUACUGUACAAAGGACCGCCCUCUGGAGACGACCCCGGUCAUGUUCCAAUCAGCGAAAAAUCACAAGGGCGUCGAGGACAAACUCCGUGCCACAUUCGAGCUUCAAGAAGGGCAGGAAAUAUACAUGAUUAUGUGCAAUAGUCAUGUCAAGCCUCAUCUCACUUGUGAUCUGAUCAAGGGCCUCGACCACGACACGUUCGAGUACUGGACGAGUUGGAUAAGAUCUUGCACCCAUCGCGGACGCUUCCAGCAAGAGGUAGAGCGCAGCAUGCUCAUUCUCAAAUUACUGACCUUUGAUCCGACGGGCGCUAUCGUCGCCGCGCCGACGUUCUCUCUGCCAGAAGAUAUCGGCGGGCGACGCAACUGGGAUUACCGCUACUCUUGGAUCCGCGAUUCCAGCUUCACUAUAUACGUCUUCCUCAAGAUGGGAUUCCCCGACGAAGCAGAGGCGUAUAUCAACUUCAUCUUUGCACGCAUUGCAGAGUGGCGCAAGGCAAAAGAGUCCGGCGAUUCAAGCAUGUUCCACCUGCCGCUAAUGUUCACCAUCGACGGCGAAACGUCUCUGCCCGAGCUUGAACUGAACCAUCUCUCCGGAUACAAAGACAGCAGACCGGUUCGGAUCGGCAACGCGGCGACUGGCCAUGUCCAACUUGAUAUUUAUGGCGAACUGAUGGACAGCAUCUACCUGUACAACAAACACGGCAAGCAAAUUUCGUAUGCGCAAUGGCUGGAUAUCCGCUUCCUAACCGACUUUGUCUGCGAGAUUUGGAAUGAGCCCGACAUGUCGAUCUGGGAAGUUCGAGGCAAGAAGCAGCAAUAUGUAUAUUCAAAGAUGAUGUUAUGGGUUGCGGUGGACCGCGCACUCAGGCUAGUUCACAAGCGCAACUUUCCGUGCCCAAACCGCGACAAGUGGUUGCGCACUCGGGACCAAAUCUACGAACAAGUCAUGGAGAAAGGGUUCAACUACGACAUGAACUGCUUUGUGCAAAGUUAUGAAUCAAAGGAUGUACUCGACUCGGCCGUCUUGAUUGCACCUUUGGUGUUCUUCAUCUCGCCAAAUGAUCCCCAAUUCGUGGGCACCUUGGACGCAAUCCUUCGAACUCCCGAGAAAGGAGGCCUCACUUCUGCCGGUUUUGUGUUCCGCUACGAUCAUGAGAAGAGCGAUGACGGUGUCGGUGGACGCGAGGGUACAUUCGUCAUGUGUACAUUAUGGCUCAUCGAAGCUCUCGUCCGGGCCGGCAAGUACAACAAGAAAUACCUGGGGAUAGCGGAUGCAAUGUUCGAGACUAUUUCGAAUUUCAGAAAUCAUGUCGGGAUGCUGAGUGAGGAAAUCGCGCUCAGCGGCGAACAACUGGGAAACACACCUCAGGCAUUCAGUCAUCUGGCUUUUGUGAGCGCGGCCAUCAACCUAGAGAGAGUCGUGAGCGGCUAG